GAAGAACCCGGAAGUGAUGGCCCUGUUGAAGCGGUGGUUGUGUAGCCUACUCUUCACUGUCGAAACACGUGUGUAUCUGUCAAAGAAGCUUUUACCUGCAUGACACUGACCUGCUCGCAGUGAUGGCUGAUGCGUUCAGUAGCAGCUCGGAAACCGUAAUUCAGCGCGUUGUAGACGUUAAAAGCAAAACAAACACACCUGUGGACAGCCUUGAAGAGUCGUAUCAGAUAAAGGAGACUUGUGACUUCAUCAGAGAUCGUCAGUGUAAAAAGGUUGCUCUGCAGUUUCCCGAUGAGCUGCUAGGGGAUUCAGUCGCCGUGGCAGUAGAGAUCGAGAGGAACAGUGAAGCCACCGCAUACAUUUUAGGAGAUACAUCCUAUGGCAGUUGUUGUGUGGACGAGGUCGCUGCGGAGCACGUCGGAGCCGACUGCAUCGUGCACUAUGGCGGCUCGUGUCUCAGCCCGUCCACCAGGCUGCCGCUGAUGUACGUGUUUGAGAGGAGAGCGGUGGAUCUGGAUAAGUGCUCGUCCUCCUUUAGAGAACUUUACCCCGACACACAGAGUCCCGUCAUCAUCCUCUACGACGUCAACUAUGUUCAUGCUAUGAACGAUCUCUUCACCCUCCUCUCACAGGAUUAUCCGAACCUGGUGGUCUCGGAGCUCGUCGUGGAGGGGGAGCAGUGUUACAUUCACGGCUGGAUUAAAAGACAGGAUGACAUCAUCAGCAUGUCGGAGAGGGACGGCAGUCAGGUCGUCUGUCAGUUUGGGCGGCGGUUCUCCUUGAAGAGCGCUUCAAACAUUAAGGAUUAUGAAAUGUUCUACGUGGGGCGGGAGGGGACCACUCUCACUAACUUCAUGAUGACUUGGAACCGCUGCUUGUUCUCUUCCUUUGACCCGCUAACGAUGACGGGGAGGGCGGAGUCAGUGAGUAUAAACCGAGCUCUGAUGAAGAGAUACUACGCCAUAGAACGAGCUAAAGAUGCUAACGUGGUCGGCAUCCUGGUCGGCACGCUCGGCGUAGCAGACUACCUGAGCGUCAUUGAGCAGCUGAAGGAGACGAUCCGCCGAGCCGGAAAGAAGAGCUACAUGUUCGCCAUGGGGAAACUCAACGUGCCCAAGCUGGCUAACUUUCUGGAAAUUGACAUAUUCGUGUUGGUGGCUUGUCCUGAGAACGCUCUGCUGGACUCCAGUGAGUUUUAUAAACCCGUGGUGACGCCGUUUGAGAUGGAGGUGGCCUGCAACAAGAAGCGGGAGUGGUCAGAGGAGUACGUCACAGACUUCAGACACCUCCUGCCAGGUGGGCGAAGUCAUGUUCCUUUAGCGGAGCAGCAGGAGGACGACGAGGAGCCGCCGGACGUCUCUUUGAUCACAUUAAGUCUGCGCAGCCACAACCUGCUGCUCAGCGAGCCUGCGGAGCAAUCGUGCAGCUCCUCCGUCGUCCUCAGGAACCAAACUCUGACCGUGGCCAACUCAGCCGGUACGACCCGCUCCAAGAGAGAGCUGCUGAUUGGACAGUUCGAUUUGUUCUCCGUGCACAUGAAUACGUUUUUAUUGAAGAACAUCACACACAUACAGUCACUGUUCUAUAAUAUUUAUAAAUAUCUUGUAUGCCUCCUCCUCUCAGCGUCCUUCCUGGCAGAGCGGAGCUGGCGCGGUUUGGAGCAGAAGUUGGGCGAGACGCCGGUGGUGAAGGCUGUGAAGGGGCGGAGAGGCAUCGCUAUCGCCUACGAAGAGGAGGGAACGUCUUUGUCGUGAUUAAAAACACUCAAACCAGACGGAUUAUUUAUCAGAGCCUGCCCGCUUUAUCACACAUGAAAUGAUUAAAUGUCUUCAUUAUAA